UAAAUUUGGGUCGAAUUCCCUAACUCUAUUCGAGCCGAAAACCGGCCAAAAAACCGUUAAUAUAGCUGAAGAAUCUGUUGCAUUCCCUCCAAAAGAAAGAUAACAACUAAAACAGAAUGGGGCAGCUUCGUCUUCAGUUGCAAUCAAUGUUAUCAGCAAAAGUGAAACCUAAUAGUUACUUAAACGCACCAUGCAUACCCAUGGCUUCUCAUAAUAUUCUCUUCUUAAACUCUUUAUCAGUUUCUCCUCGUAUCUCCGUUUAUCCUAAACUUAACUUCACCCCCAGCUCUGCUUCUUUUCCGGCAGUACGAUCACGCUUCGUCUGCAAGAUGAAUGGCUCAGAUAUGAUAGGGCAACUUGAACUUGAUAAGCCAGAAAAAGGUCGAAGGAAACAAGAGAAGCGUGCAAAUGGCAUAUUUUGGAUUAUACUUCUUAAUCUUGGAAUGUAUGUUGCCGAUCACUUGUUUCAGGUCCGUGGCAUCAAGUCUCUCUACUUGUAUCACAAUUUGCCUGCUUGGUAUCAAUUUGUCACAGCCACAUUCUGCCAUGCUAGCUGGCACCAUCUUUCAAGCAACCUUUUUUUCUUGUACAUUUUUGGGAAACUUGUGGAAGAAGAGGAAGGGAAUUUUGCAUUGUGGCUUUCAUAUAUUCUAACCGGUGUUGGAGCAAACCUUGUUUCAUGGUUAGUUUUACCAAGGAAUGCAGUUUCUGUCGGAGCUUCUGGAGCUGUUUUCGGAUUAUUUGCAAUUAGUGUCCUUGUGAAGAUAACAUGGGACUGGAGAAAGAUCCUUGAAGUGCUUAUAUUGGGUCAAUUUGUUAUAGAGAAGGUAAUGGAGGCAGCCCAAGCUUCAGCGGCAUUGUCAGGCUCAUUUCGAGGAGGCUAUGCUAUGCAGGGUGUGAAUCACAUUGCUCAUCUAUCCGGUGCUCUUAUCGGUGUGGUUCUGGUCUGGCUUGUUAGCAGGAUUCCUUCUCUUCCAGAGGAACAUACAUCAAAAUCAGGCAAAACACUGUAAAAUAUAUUGUUUCUUGUGUAAAUACAUCACAGGAUUCUUUUACAUAAGUACUUAUGAUGAUUCACAUUUGUUGGAAAUAUAUGAUUUUUUACAAAGAAUUCGCUAUGAAUGUAUUCGUUGUUA